AUGUUGCUAAUUCCCAAUGUUUUUCCGCUGGAGAUGAUCCGAUGGGAGUUGCGCAGUGGCCCGUUGAGGCUGGAACUAGCUUUGUCCCCGGAGACCGCGGCAUGCGUGGUCCUCCUGCUCGAGCUUGACGAGGAUGACAAGCUGAUUCUCCUCAACAACGUGGUCGCCGGGGUCGAGACCUACGUGCACAGGAUAAUGGAGAACGGUCAGGCGCACGUGGUUUUCAACACGCUGCUUCGUCGCUGCGAGGGCCGGUACGAAUUGCUCUGGCGCAUCGUCCAUGCCGUCAUGAAUUUCGACUACUGGAACUAUCAAUGGGUGACUUCUCUAUGUAUGCUCAUCACGGCGGUGGCGCAGCACCCAUACCCUCAUCUGUGCAGGAUGAUUGUCAGAUGCGUCAAGCGUGAUGAUGUGAUGAACGGCAACAAUGCGGACACACUACUUCAACACUGCUUUUUCAAGAUGCCGUACGAGUAUUCGAAGGCUUUGAUAUACUACGCCAUGGACAACACCCACAACAAUCUGCGGUCGGAGUUCUGGUGGAAGUGCCUGGCUAAAUGCUUCACGCACGCUAAAGAACGCGAGCUCCACGAGCUCGAGGAGUUCUCCAUUGACCGUGCCACAGAAAUGGCCGAGGGAAAAUACAGUUGCUUCUUCCUUAGGCACGUCCUCAUGCAAGGGAGCACCCUGACAAACCUCCGCCUUGUGGACGAGCUCAUAGGUGUAGAUCGAGAGGACAUCAUGCGCCUGUCCGGCGACCCGUACGCGAACUGCAUCCUGCUAGAAUGCUUCCUGAACACUAGCACCGAUGUUCGGGACAAAGCAUUGUACCGUGUGCUCUCAGCGUUUCUUGUCUUACACCCGCACGAGCUGGCCCAGCUGAUGCAGAACGCUUGCGCCAAUCACGUCCUCCGUGUGGUGCUGAACAGAGGCGAAGCUGCCUUCCCGUUAUUGUCGCUGAUGCUGGCGGAGCGGAUCCUGCUUGAGCCGUCGCAAGCUAUCCUGGAGCACCCUAACGUGCAGAAGUCGGUGAAUUUCGCCAUGGAGAUCCUUUAUGUUGCAACCUUUUUCUGGGGUUGGAUAUGA